AUCAGUGGCGGUGGCAGAUCGCCUGCGAAUAAAAUAUAAUCACACAGUACUUUGACGUCGGCCGCCCGAGCGAGGAGCAGCCUUUUGGGCUCAGCGCCGAGAGCUGCGAAACCACACCAGCUGCGUCGCCGCCAAUCAACCCCAACAGCCAACAAAUCAGACUCACAGGGAUGGUCGAGUUUGGUGCAGAACGGGGCUCCGGGAAACUGCUGCUGUGUGUAUUGCUCUUGACUGCCGCUGCCGAAGCCUUUUUCCUGCCUUUCCUAGAUAUUAAGAAUGAAAAACAGGCUGUCAUUCCUCGCAACGUACCUUUUCCUUGUCCAAGAGAACCUGGUGCGCGUUCCCCCGAGCGACCCUCUUCGGCGCAUCAGCUGCGCCCUGGUGACAUUGACGUGGUGGCCACCAUCGGGGACAGCCUGACGGCGGCCACCGGUGCCGUGGCCAGGGCCUUCUAUGACGUGAUCACUGUUGACAAUCGCGGCAUGUCGUGGAGCGGAGGAGGCCAGGGUAACUGGCGCCAGUACCUGACGCUGCCCAACAUCCUGAAGGAGUACAAUCCGAACGUGACGGGCCAAUCGCUGGGCGACGGCCUCUCCCAGACGCCCAACGCGCAAUUCAACGUUGCCGUCAACGGUGCCAUGGACCAGGACAUUCCCUUUGAGGCGGUCGAACUUGUCAGGCGAAUGCGUGCGGACAGGCGCGUUGAUUUUAAAAACCAUUGGAAGAUGAUCACAAUUUGGGUCGGCACCAAUGAUCUCUGCACCGACUUUUGCUACGACCCAAAUCAGGGUGCUGAUGCGCACAUGAGGAAUCUGCAAAAGACUCUUGAUUACCUCUACGAACACGUGCCAAGAGCGUUUGUGAAUCUGGUCUCGGCUCCAUAUGUUCCGAGCUACACAAAAUUGAAGGAUUUGCCAAAUUUGUGCCUUUCGCUUUUGCCCAUUUUGUGUUCUUGUCUCUUUGGAGGGAACGAGGCAGAAAAACUGCGAAAUGUUACUUUGAUGACCAGAAGGUUCCAAAAGGUUGAGCGAAUGUUGGUCGAAAGCAAGAGGUAUGACGGCCGUCCAGACUUCGCGCUCGAGUUCCAGCCAACCUACCUGGACAACAUUUACCCCACUGUGAGGCUCAACAAUGGUCGGCUCACCACUGAUUAUUCUUACAUGUCCAUCGACUGCUUCCACUUUUCACAGAAACUACAUGCAGUUGCUGCAAAUACUCUUUGGAACAAUUUGUUUGAGCCUCCGUGGGAAAAAACCACCACCUGGAAGCCACUUUUCCAGAAGUUCUUGUGCCCGACCACUGAGCGGCCGUUUUUCGUAACAAGAGAAAACUCAAAAUCAUGGACCAGAAGGAAAACGAAGAACAGACGUCUUGGUAGAUAACAAGACCCGUCACUGUUGUAAAUAUACGAUUUCAAAAGUCUGGCUUUGGGAAAAAAUAUUUUUAAUCGCAAAAAACAACUCUCAGGUAUGAGAUGAAGAGACACUUUUGCGCCUCAAUUCUUGCCAUUUGAAUUCAAUGUUUCUGGCCUCAUAGGUCAUUUUUUAUAUUAGAGAGAAGUGUCAUGUUAGACUGAAUUUAGAUAAAACCGGUCUUUUCUGCUCGCAAUCGAUCUUCUGCUUCUUAUUUGCGCGAACGGAGCUGGACUCCGUAUCAGGUUGCGAAUUGACGAAGAGAAGAGCGGCGCGAACAGUAAACAAAGUGCCCGUUCUUUAUUUAUUUUGUGCUGCAUGAGUUUUUUUUCUCCUCUGUGCGGCACGCAUUAAUUUGAUAUUUAUUUUCUCUAUGAAAUAUGUAGAUAUCAGUGCUGUGCAUUUA